CAACAUCCAAGACGCAUUGGGGAACCCAUAGGGAUUGUAUGGAUGACUGACGCAGUAAAUGAACCUUUCAGUUUAACUAGCUUUUUGUCGUGGGAAACCAUCACGUUUUCGAUAAUUAGAGUGACAUAAGCGCUCUUCUCGACAGAGCAUUGCAAUUGUUAUCGAACGUUGGUGACUCAGGGCGAGAUCUUUGUUACAGGUGUUAGCCUACUCAUCAUCGCGCGUACAGGACGAUUUUGCAACGUUGUUGCAAUUUUGUUGCAUUUAACCUGCAGAGAAGAAACGAGACAUUAAAGGACGUAUAGGCUGCAGCAUCUGUUAUAAUUUCUCUAUUUUUCAUCGUGUAUUCCACGGAGGUUCUUUGCAGCCAUGGGAAAAGUUAUUGAGCAAGGUUGAAUCCAGUUAUCAUUUCUCGCUUGUUUUCGUCUUACAAUUUCCACACAAGUCUUGAUUUUUACUUGUGUCCAAAGUUGCCAUUGGUAUCCAGUGGGCUCUAUCUGCAGGGAUAUUCGGUUAUCAUACGAGGAAUUAUGGUGGUGAAUACAGUGCAUUGGUUCAGGAAGGGACUGCGGCUCCACGACAAUCCCUCGUUAAGGGACUCAAUAAGAGGAGCAGACACCUUGCGCUGUGUUUAUAUUCUAGAUCCCUGGUUCGCAGGGUCUUCCAACGUUGGAAUUAGCAGAUGGAGGUUCCUGCUUCAGUGCCUGGAGGAUCUGGACGCCAGCCUCCGCAAGCUGAACUCGCGGCUCUUCGUCAUCAGGGGGCAGCCCACGGAUGUCUUCCCCAGGCUAUUCAAGGAGUGGAACAUCUCCCGUCUCUCGUACGAGUACGACUCGGAGCCCUUCGGGAAGGAGCGUGACGCCGCCAUUCAGAAGCUGGCCAGCGAGGCCGGGGUGGAAGUGACGGUGCAGGUCUCCCACACGCUCUACAAUCUGGACAAGAUCAGUGAGCUGAAUGGCGGUCAGUCUCCGCUCACCUACAAGCGCUUCCAGACGCUGAUCAGCCGCAUGGACGUGGUGGAGGAGCCGGUGGACACCAUCACGCCAGAGCUCAUGGGCCACUGCGUCACGCCCGUCAGCGACGACCACGACGACAAGCUAGGCGUGCCUUCCCUGGAGGAGCUGGGUUUUGAGACGGACGGUCUGAGCACGGCGGUGUGGCCGGGGGGAGAGUCGGAAGCCCUCACCCGACUGGAGAGACACCUCGAGCGGAAGGCGUGGGUGGCCAACUUUGAGCGUCCCCGGAUGAACGCCAACUCGCUGCUGGCCAGCCCCACGGGCCUGAGUCCCUACCUGCGCUUCGGCUGCCUGUCCUGCCGCCUCUUCUACUCCAAACUCACAGACCUCUACAGAAAGGUGAAGAAGAACAGCGCUCCUCCGCUCUCGCUCUACGGCCAGCUGCUGUGGCGGGAGUUCUUCUACACGACGGCCACCAACAACCCACGCUUCGACAAGAUGGAGGGCAACCCCAUCUGCGUGCAGAUCCCCUGGGACAGGAACGCCGAGGCGCUGGCCAAGUGGGCCGAGGGCCGGACGGGCUUCCCCUGGAUCGACGCCAUCAUGACCCAGCUGCGGCAGGAGGGCUGGAUCCACCACCUGGCCCGGCACGCCGUGGCCUGCUUCCUGACCAGAGGAGACCUGUGGAUCAGCUGGGAGGAGGGCAUGAAGGUGUUUGAGGAGCUGCUGCUGGACGCUGACUGGAGUGUGAACGCGGGCAGCUGGAUGUGGCUCUCCUGCAGCUCCUUCUUCCAGCAGUUCUUCCACUGCUACUGCCCCGUGGGCUUCGGCCGGAGGACAGACCCCAACGGAGACUACAUCAGGCGCUACUUACCAAUACUCAGGGGCUUCCCAGCCAAAUACAUCUACGAGCCCUGGAACGCUCCAGAGGGGGUGCAGAAGGCAGCCAAGUGCAUCAUCGGCGUGCACUACCCCAAGCCAAUGGUCAACCACGCAGAGGCCAGCAGGGUCAACAUUGAGCGCAUGAAGCAGAUCUACCAGCAGCUGUCCUGCUACAGGGGACUAGGACUGCUUGCCACAGUGCCAUCCAACUCCAGCAGUGCUACAGAGGGCAUGGCAGCAUCCUCUGGCGACAGCCCUCAGGAGGGUCCAUCAACAUCAGGUGGAUCUCUGAUGGCGCACCAAAGGGAGGGGCAGGUGGGCACACCAGCGGGUGCCCAUGGCGAACCGUGCCAUGCUGAGACAAGCCACCACCACCAGCAGCACCAGCAGCACCAACAGCACCAACAGCAGGGGUUUAUGAUGGGAGAAGCCACUACAUCUCACAGACAACAGGCCCAACCUGCAACAUUACAGAGAGGGCGGAGCACAGUAAAGAGACGCAAUGAGGACUCCGUCUCCAGCAGGUCGAAGGUCCAGAGGCAGACCAGCCACUAACCAGAUCCACACCGACCAGCCACUAACCAGAUCCACACCGACCAGCCACUAACCAGAUCCACACAGAACCAGCCACUAACCAGAUCCACACAGACCGAACAGCCACUAACCACACCACCACACCCACACAGUGUUUCUCUCUCACUUCGGUACAGUUAUGGAAUCAUCCCUAACAUUAGAGACACUGGAGGAUGUGAAGGAAUCCACGUAACAUACUGUAUGAGACAAUACUGUAUUUAUGACCAUGUAAUUGGUGAACUCUAGUUCUGACCUUACAUGCAAUCAGUCUCCUGAGGAUCUUCGUCGGAAAGAACUAUUGUUCUGUACUGGCCCUAUUCUCUGUCAGGGAACUUAGUCCUGUUAUGUAUGUAUUUUUGCAAUUUAUUCUGAAAUUGUACAUUUGAUUCUGUUUCUCCUUAAAGUAAAACUGCAGAGGAAGUAGUUUCUUUUAGAAAUAAAAAUGUGUCGACUUACAAAAUACCAUCGUUACGGUUUGGUAAAGGAAGCAUUUUCCAAUAUUCCUGUGCAUUUUAUGUAUUGUUCAUCAGUUGUUGGCCUUGUGUUGUCUGUCUCUAUAUUGUUAUGGCUCUGGAAAAUGUUGCCUGAACAAAUACAGCCAAAACACAGGAUGCACCAAAUGGACAGGCGUAUACCGGACAGCUCUGUUCCUCUAAAUUGCUUCUCUGUUGUAUGUCACAUUUUUGUUUUUCAUAACGAACUUAAACCUUCUCUGUGUUUUUUGAUGUUUGGGGGAAGGGAUUUCUGUGGUUAUAAUUCACAUAUUGAAUCAAUGACAUUAGCUGAACAGGACAUAAGGACAAGUGCAGACAACCAGCAGUUUUUCUAUGAAAAAGUUGUUGUUUUUUCCCAGAUUAGUUUGAUGUUGACUUUUUUUUACAGCUUUGACUGAAAGCAAAUGUUUAUUAUAUUGUAGUCAACUGUUUUUAACUGUGACAGCAUUCUAAAGUGUAUAUAAGUAAAAUUAAUUUCACCAAUAUAUGUAUAUAAACAAUAUCUGUUCAACUGUAUAUUUCCAGCAGUUCUCUGUGAUUUGCUGUAGUUUGUUGCGUUAUCUGCCAUUUUUUGUAUUGCAGACGUUAUUUGUGUAAAAAAACAAUUUAAUGUAAUGUUAUUACCACUGCCCAAUGUUCUGUCUUUGGGAGAACAUAAUGUUCUACUAUGUUUGAUUGUCAGCCAAUAGCUGAAUUUUGAAAAUAAAGAAAUUCAUG